GGGUUGAGUUAUUAAAUCCCAGCAUCGCCCCACCAAAACCCCAAAUCCCAGUACCCUAUUGCAAAAUUUAGCUGAGGGUAGCAGACGACCGAGGGCAGCCAGAAUAGCCGCCGGCGUUGCCGCCGCACCGAUCCUUCACAGGUUUUUAGGUCAUUGGUUGGAUUGGGAAUCAUGUCUUGGUGCACUAUUGAGUCGGAUCCUGGUGUUUUCACGGAACUUAUACAGCAGAUGCAGGUUAAAGGUGUUCAGGUUGAGGAGUUGUAUUCAUUGGAUCUGGAUUCUCUGAAUAAUUUAAGGCCAAUAUAUGGUCUAAUAUUCCUCUUCAAAUGGCGUCCUGGUGAGAAGGAUGAGCGAAUUAUGAUAAAGGAUCCAAACCCGAGCUUGUUUUUUGCAAGCCAGGUGAUCAACAAUGCAUGUGCAACACAAGCAAUCCUGUCGAUUCUGAUGAACAGUCCUGACAUUGAUAUCGGCCCAGAGUUGUCAGCCCUGAAAGAAUUCACCAAAAACUUUCCACCUGAGCUUAAAGGUUUAGCUAUCAACAACAGUGAAGCAAUCCGCACAGCCCAUAAUAGCUUCGCACGACCUGAGCCAUUUGUGCCUGACGAGCAAAAAGCUGCUGGGAAAGACGAUGAUGUUUAUCACUUCAUUAGCUAUAUACCUGUUGAUGGUAUGCUGUAUGAGCUCGAUGGGCUGAAGGAGGGGCCCAUAAGCCUUGGGCAAUGCCCUGGUGGGCCUGGCGACAUGGACUGGUUACGCAUGAUACAACCUGUGAUUCAUGAACGGAUAGAGAAAUACUCCAGAAAUGAAAUAAGGUUCAACCUAAUGGCAAUAAUAAAGAAUAGGAAAGAAAUGUAUACAGCUGAGCUGAAAGAACUCCAGAGGAAAAGGGAACGGAUCCUGCAGCAACUUGCUGCAUUGCAAUCAGAGAGAAUGGUAGAUGGCAGCAACUUUGAAACUCUAAAUAGAACACUUUCAGAAAUAAAUGUUGGGAUUGAGGCUGCCACCGAGAGGAUAUUGAUGGAGGAGGAGAAGUUCAAGAGAUGGAGAACUGAAAAUACCCGUCGGAAGCACAACUACAUACCCUUUCUCUUCAACUUUUUGAAGAUUCUUGCUGAAAAGAAGCAGUUGAGAGGCCUUGUAGAGAAAGCCAAGCAGAAACAAACCAAAUCCUAGAGGAACAUGCAACAUUGAUGAAGUUAACAUGCUGGUUUGAAUGUUUACAUCUGAUUAAAACUGUUAUUAUGUCUUUUUGAAUUUGUAUAAUAUGUAAUUAUAUCUAAUUUAUUAGAUCUACA